CCCUAAUCCUAAGCAUACAGGCAGAAUACAUACUACACACAAAAAAAAAGAAAAAGAACCCCGUCGGUCUCCUCCUCUCCCUACUCUCUUCAACAAUUCCUUCGUCGUCCCCAAAUCUUCCGCCGCCGGCGCGCCGCUCCUUCUCCCUAAAUCGCCCCAACCUGAAUCAUCCCCCAAUUACCAAAUCGUCUUCUCCGGUUCAAGUAGCUGCGUCUGCGACUCCUUGUUACCGGUCGUCGAUUCGUCAGUCGAGGGCUGAGCUUGGAGGUUUUGGCCGGGCACACGGUUGUUCACCAUCAAGGGAGAAAGUCUUCUCCCAAUUUUUCGUCUCUCCCAAAAUCUAAGUUCCAUUAUCAAGAAUACAACCUCCACAUAAAUCAACAGCAACCACCAUCUGCGGCGGCGUACGGUGGCCCUCUCUCUUGCUCCUAUCUCUCUACUCUCUCUCAUACAGUCAUACAGUACCCUCGAAACCUAAUAUGGAGUACGUCAACCCCGAAGGUCUUCGCCUAGAUGGUCGCCGUCCUAUGGAGAUGAGGCAGCUUCGUGGGGAGAUAGGCGUAGUCUCAAGAGCUGACGGGUUUUUCAAUCUUGCUUAUUUUUCGCCGGUUUAUGUUAAAAAGCGCUGGUCUGCAGUUUUUGAAAUGGGCAACACUAAGGUCAUUGCUGCGGUUUACGGUCCCAGAGAGAACUGCAUAGAGCAGCCGGUAACCUGGUAUGGGGAUUCACUCUAUGCAUUUGUUCUGAUGGUCCAAAAUAGGAGUCAACAAAUUAAUGACAAGGCACUGGUACGCUGUGAGUACAGCAUGGCUAAUUUCAGCACAGGAGAUCGCAUGAGGAAACCUAAGGGUGAUAGGCGGUCCACUGAAAUAUCAUUGGUCAUUCGCCAGACUAUGGAGGCCUGCAUAUUGACACACCUAAUGCCUCGUUCUCAGAUAGACAUUUUUGUCCAAGUUCUCCAAGCAGAUGGAGGAACACGAUCUGCAUGCAUAAAUGCAGCAACUCUGGCGCUUGCUGAUGCUGGUAUUCCAAUGCGUGAUAUUGUGACCUCAUGUGGUGCUGGAUACCUAAACGGGACUCCACUUCUAGAUCUGAACUAUGUGGAAGAUAGUGCUGGCGGGCCAGACGUUACAGUUGGCAUUUUGCCUAAGCUAGAUAAAGUCACCCUCCUUCAGAUGGAUGCUAAGCUACAAAUGGAUACUUUCGAGAAUGUGAUGCAACUUGCUAUAGAAGGUUGCAAAGCUGUGGCGAGUUAUGUACGAGAAAUAUUAUUGGAGAAUACGAAGCAGUUGGAGUCUCGUAGGGGCGUAUAAUUUGUUCCCAAGUAGAAGAUAUCUCAAAUAUAAGUGUCUUACUGGGCUCGUCUGGUUUGAGGAUUUAGUUAUGACUUGCUAUUGCUUGUAUUUACUCGAGGUCUGAAAAUUUGAGGCUUUGGAUUUUUCUGUUUUUCUUUUCUUUUUUUUCUUUUUGGCUUCAAAGUUGUUCGGCAGUAGAAAUUCUGGAACUAAAUUUUUGUGUAAUGAUUUUCUGGUGUUGGAAGGACAUGUUAUAGUUUGGUCCCAAGUUCUUAAAAUAGGAUCGCGAGGCGAAUUCUAGCCAUUCAAGACAGAGCUAUGCUUUCAUGCAUUUCUAAAUAUGCAUUAAAAUUGUUGGUGAUUAAUUGACCAAUAAAAAUAUUUU